GGGCUCGGUGCACCUGCGCCGCCAGCCGGCCGUCAAGUACAUCCACCACGACUUGGAGCGCAACGAGCUGGUGAUGACAUCAGUGCAGACGGAGGAGGCGCUGGCGUCCGUCAUCGUGUUCACGCUGCACCCGCUGGAGUUCCUGCUGCACUUUCAGGUGUUGCGUCGCCACUUCCCGCGCGACGACUCGGUGACGGUAGGCGACGGGGUGGUGAUGCUCAGCUCCCGCUCCCGGGGCCUCGUCUCCCUCUUCAGCCUGGAUCGGAUACUGCAGGAGAGGAGCUUCCAGGCCGGAUUGGGAGACGAGGUGACCGUCCACGGCCAGCGGUACGUGAUCGGUCAGCCUCCGAACGGCCUGCCAAUCAACGGCCAGCUCCUGCCCACGGCUCCGCCCAUAGCCACGUUCCCCGCUCACCAAGGCUAUCUGGAGAUAGGCGCCACGCCUUACCACGUGGUUACUCGCCGCAAGCAGUGUGACGGCUUUGAGGUCCACGCCGUCUCUGACGGGGUCAGGGUGCUGACCUGCGGGGGUCUGCAGCCCAGCAUCUGCCCCGAGGCGGCGACCUUCAUCGACGACGGCCCGCUCAUCGUGCAGCAUUCAACCUCUGAGCUCAGGGUGUUUGACCUUAGGUCAGGUCAGGUGGUCAUGCACGUCGAUCCGUUGUGUUUCUCCGGUAACUUCUCGCCGGUACCAAGUGUUCCUGUUAAGACACGGUCAGGCAGGAGCGUGCGGGUGCGCGCUACCGCCGACAGCGUCUCCAGCACCUCCGGGUCAGACUGGUGGCUCGCCUGGGACUUGGAGGACGAGCUCGACCUGCUGCCGCUGGUGCUGGUCGAGGAGGAGGUGGGCGAGGUCGCCGUCCUGCAGCGCCUCCUGCUGUUCGAUCGGCUGACCUGGACCCUGAUCUCUGACACCCCGCUGGAGCACAGGAUGCCGCUAGCGGGCGCAGGUCUGGCCCAGGUGACCGUUGUCAUGGACCGCUGUCUGCUGUUCGUCAAGCUGAGAUCCACCGCCGCCAAGUGCUCCGUUCUCGUCUACACGCUGGUGGCCGGCUGCGAGUCGGAAGGUGGCCAGAAGGCAGACAACCCGGCGGCGGCGGUGACGGGCCGCUCGCGCCGAGCAGCGACGUCCGCCUCCCGGGCUGCCCGGCGCCGCUCCAGAUGACGGUCCCGGACCAGCCCAGCCGCAGUGCGCGCUCGUGGUGGAUCAGGGAACGGUCCGAGGGAGUCGCGCCCUUGUGGGUUCUGAGUGCGCGAAUAUAUUCCAUGAUGCAUAUCAAA